AUGCAGCGCCCCGGGCCCUUCAGCACCCUCUACGGGCGGGUCCUGGCCCCGCUGCCCGGGCGGGCCGGGGGCGCGGCCUCCGGCGGAGGCGGGAAUAGCUGGGGCCUCUUGGGCUCCCACGUGCAGCCGCCGGGGCGUGCACAGUCGGGGACCCGCGGCGCCACCGGCACCACCAGCACCAGCGGCCUGGACGCCAACAACGUCUGCCCGGCCCCCUCCGCGAUGUCCAAGGCCGAGGAAGCCAAGAAGCUGGCGGGUCGCGCCGCGGUGGAGAACCACGUGAGGAAUAACCAAGUGCUGGGAAUUGGAAGUGGUUCUACAAUUGUCCAUGCUGUGCAGCGAAUAGCUGAAAGAGUGAAACAGGAGAAUCUGAACCUUGUCUGCAUUCCCACUUCCUUCCAGGCCCGGCAGCUCAUCCUGCAGUAUGGCUUAACCCUCAGUGACCUGGAUCGACACCCAGAGAUUGACCUCGCCAUCGAUGGUGCUGAUGAAGUAGAUGCUGAUCUCAAUCUCAUCAAGGGUGGUGGAGGCUGUUUGACCCAGGAGAAGAUCGUGGCAGGCUACGCCAGUCACUUCAUCGUGAUCGCUGACUUCAGGAAAGACUCAAAGAAUCUCGGAGAUCAGUGGCAUAAGGGAAUCCCCAUCGAGGUCAUCCCAAUGGCUUACGUCCCAGUGAGCCGAGCAGUGACCCGGAAGUUUGGGGGCGAGGUUCAGCUUCGAAUGGCUGUGCACAAGGCGGGUCCUGUGGUGACAGAUAAUGGGAAUUUUAUCCUGGACUGGAAGUUUGACCGUGCACACAAAUGGAGUGAAGUGAACAUCGCUAUCAAGAUGAUCCCAGGCGUGGUGGACACAGGCCUGUUCAUCAACAUGGCGGAGAGAGUCUACUUCGGGAUGCAGGACGGCUCCGUGACCGUGCGGGAGAAGCCCUUCCUUUGACCCCACGAGGAGCAGAUUGUUCACCUUGGUCUCCAGCCCACAGCCAGGGUGGCCGUGCCUGUCCAGGAGCCUUUGCCUUAAUGUAUCUGUGGGGGGUGGGGUGGGGUGGGGUCUAAGCCCAGUCGUCUGCAGUAUUGUUACUAUGUGUCUUUUUAAACAGAGAAAUUUAAAGAUAUAUAUAUAUAUAUUUUUACUAUGAAAAAUAUUCAGUUUUUUAUAAAGUAGAACUUGAUUUCAUGUUUUAUAUGAAACAUUUACCAAAAAAUAAAUAAAUAAAAAAGAAUAGGGCAAGAAGGGGGAGACUGUCUUUCAAACCUUUGACUUGAGCCUGCUGGGUUUGCUGAGACAGGAGUAUCAGAGCUUGUCUUGAAGCAGGUCACAUGAAGGACCUGGCCAGCAGUGACCUCCUGAUGCCUGACAGGAUGCUUGGUUUACUUUUCUGCCACUCCCUGUGUGUUUUUAGUUCGUUCUCAUUGUAAUCACGCACAAUGCAGCUACUUCUGAAGAUGAGGUUUACAAAGUCCGCUGAGUGGAGCAGUGUGACGUGUAGUGACUUGGGAUUGGAAUGUAAACUCCCGGGGGCAAACGCGGUGGCACCUUCGCUAAGAUCGGGGCUUUGUUCAGAUCCCUGUUGUGGGAAGCAGUUGGCCGGAAAUACUCGCCAGUGCUGCCGGAGCACUGCUGUGAAAUGUGAAAUAGUUGUUUUUUUAAAUCAUUUUCUUUUUGUUGUUACUUAUUUUUCUGUUGCUUUAUUAUUACUGGCCUGGUUUGGCAUCAGAUGUCAUCACCUCUCUAUGUUCUUUGAAGGUUGGAAUAAACAGUGUGCUGCCAUUUUGACUCUGUCUUCUCUGCAGAAUUGGUUAGGAAAUGG